UGAUGUGAGAACAGCGCACGCGCUCUGCUGUCGUCGAGGGGCGGGAGUCUGAAGACAGGUUGAGACAAGCGAGAGGACUCCUGCCGGACACGAGCGUCGGCACCUGGCAACAGCUCUCCUCCACAGACCCGUGAGAGAGCCACGGAGAGAGGAUGGAGGAGCAGGAGGAGGAGCAGGACGAGGAGGAGGAGGACCUGGACGACGAGCUGGACACGUCUCAGCUGGAGAGGUUCCUGAAGGACGGGAGGAGAGCCAAGUCCCUGCCGGCCUGCCCGGGAGGAGCCCGCGGAGCGGAGGAGGGCAGGAAGCGCGUGAAGUUCGCGGACUCCAUGGGGCUGAGCCUGGCCCGAGUGAAGCACUUCAGCUACCUGGAUGAGCCGCAGAUCCCCAGCAAGGUCCUGUCCCGGCACAGGAGCUCCCCCCUGGAGCAGCAGGACCUCCUGAGCCACAGCUUCGCCGCCGGCUUGCGCCCGGACCGACCGCUUGCGUGCCUCCCGGAGCUCCGGGACACGGAGCAGAGAGUCCGGCGGCUCCGGGUCUGCCUAGAACGGCUCGCCGCGACGCAGCUGGACGUGCGCGGGCACGUGCGGGUCCUGAGCGGCUGCGCCACCGGCAGGGAGGUCGGAGUGAGGUACACCUUCAACGACUGGCUGUCCCACAUGGACGCGCAGGCGGUGCCCGUGGCCGUGGCCGAACAGGGCUUGGUGGGGGUGCGCUUCACCUUCACCGUGUACAUCCCGCCCCUCGCAGACCCCGGCUCCGCCGUGCACCUCGCCGUUUACCUGAAGUGCGUGGAGGGGGAGUUCUGGGACAACAACGAGGGGCAGAACUACACCGUCAGGUACCGCUGAGUGCCCGGCCUUUGUCAGCGCCCCCUUCCACGCCACCUGAGCGGUUCCUGCGUGUGUGACAGCGUGUGACAGCAUGUGACAGCGUGUGACAGCGUGUGACGUGAGUGGCUGUGUCCUCCGUGUGGCGCUGCCGAGCUGUCAGUUUAUCAGUGCAGCUGCUUCCUCUCAGCCUUCAUCUCUGAAUGCUGAUGAGCUCCAACAUCUCUGCUUCAGCCCAGAGGAAUCCCAGCAUUUCAACAGGAAGCGACACUUCAAAAUAAAAGCCACAGCCUUUUAUAACUGAGAAUGAUUUAAAGUUGUGAUUUCUGACCUUACCUGUAUUUCUGCACGUUCAUCCUCCAAACCAUUUAAAUAGAUUUCUGUUUUGAUCGUCUCAUUUUGAGAAGCUGCCAGGGAGCCAUGCAGCUCCACUGUUCCCCACAUUCCACAAAAAACCCUCAAAUAACUUGAACUCUUUCCUGUGACCUCGUGUGACCUCCUGAUACCUCAGCUCGUGUUCCCACCAUGAUUUCAUAAACAAGUACAGCAGGUGUAAGAUGACCAACGAGCACGAAUACCUCACGAGUCUAAAAUAACUGAGACAAAACGUCCACUCGUUUCUUUAAAGCCUUCAGCAUCCACAACAAGAUGUUUUAAAGAGCAGAGGAAUGUCAGGAAGUUCUGGUAUCAGAAGGAAAACACGGAGCGUGAUCGGAGUCACUGACAGACACAACGAGUCCCGAUCAGAGUCUGCUCCUAGAGCUCGUCGUCCUCAUAGAGGAGGGAAUUACUCCAGCAUGGAGGUUUUGAUGCUCUGUGCUCGGUGAAUUGUAAUGACAGAGACUGAGGUGUGGGCCAAGCUGCUUUCUGAUCAUGUGUUUAGUAAACAGAUGCUUCAACAGCCUCAGACUGAAACAUCUGGCUGUUUGUUCCCAUGAUGGACAGCAAGUUUGACACUCCCAGGUUAGGAUUGGAGCGGCUGCCGCACCGAUCCUUCCAGGUCGCUGCGCUCGGUUAAUCAGCUUCAGCUGAGACCACAGCAGACCCUGUUUGGAAAAACCCUCUGAGAGUGAUCCACGAGCUGAAGCACCGAUGCUGACCGGACGUACCUGGAUAAGAGGAAGCCGAGGAAGAAGCAGACGGAUGGGAUCGUAAAGAGAGGAACAGAAGAAGAGUGCGGAGAUGCCUCUGCUCUCUGAACAGCGUUUCAGAAGCUUCAGUGAAAACCACGAAAGCAGCUGAAACAGCUUUGUGUGGCUCGUUGCCCACGAGGAUGACGGCUAGCUGAAUGUUUGUGUGAUAAUAACUGUGUGCUUCUCUGCUGAUUUACAGUUGGAGUGUUUUUGUCCUGCUGCCGCUCCAAACGCCCAAAAAGUCGAUUCUGUUCAUCUGGACGAUUAGCUGGAGGAUAAUGAUGAUGAUGAUGAUGAACACAGCGUCCAGAUAAACACAGUGAACUUUUGGGGAAUCCUGGUGUUUUUUCUGCCAUAUUCAAAUAUUUAGUGCCGGUCACAUGACCCGAUCACGUGUCUCUGUAAAUCAGGACUCAAACAGCCGUGACUACGGCCGUGACAGAAGCUGUGCGAUCCCACGAACGCUGCUGCUGGUCUGGAGAUCCUUGACACCGUCACAUCCGUCACAUCCAUCACGUCUGCUGCUUUUCUUUAAACAAGGUCUCAUGUUUGCGAUCUGGCCUUGCAAAGGCACUUUGAAUAAAUCUCAGUUAGACAAACUCAACGUCUGAAUGUUUUUAUUCAAUAAUUUCCUGCAAACACAGCAGCAUGAAAUAAAAAACGGCAGUAAAUCUGACCUCGACUGCGACUGUACGUAGAAGAUGGACGUGUGCGUCGGUCUGAAUGAGUCAGCUGCAUGUAGCAGCCAGGCUGUGGGAAAACGAGCUGCUUCUCUCUUCAUUUUUAACCUCAGUAAAAUCUUCCUGAUGGUCUCAGUCUACAGUUUUACUCUUGUUUAGAUUUUGUCCCAAUUCAGGGUCAAAUGAUUUAGGGUGUGGCUACUCUGUGAUUGACAGCGUCCUGCUAUUUCUUACAUGAACACAUUGGCUGGGUCCAUCUUUUAUGUACAGGCUCUUCAGGCAGUCUGAGAGGCGUUACGAUUGGACGGCAAAUUCUGGAACAUUUUCAGAGAUCAUGUUUUUAAUCUUCCGCUUAUUACUCUGUGGAUCAUUUUUCAAAGUGUUCAAACAGAAGCUUUGAGUGUGUGUGGUCUCAAACAGGCUGAUAAUUAAAGUUACAGCACAUGAACGCUGAGAUCAGACUCACAGUUUCAAAACUGGACUCUGGUUCCUGCUCAAUAAUUACACAACAGUUAAGUGGACUCAUUCUGCUGCUCCUCGUCCUCCUGUCAUACUUCCUGUCCUGGAAAAGCUUUUAAUAAUGACGUCUGUGAGUGAGCUCUAAAGGCCCCGUUUACCACACUUUCUCUACUUUUGGGUCUCUCUGAUGUCACAGAGAGGAACUUGUAUGGUCAUCUCAGGAACAGAAGCUCCACCCACCUGUUGUUCAAAUCAGCCAAUCAGAAUAAAUCUAGUUAAAGGUAUUUUUCACCACCAGGGGGCAGUGUUAAGAUGUGUGUGUUCACGUUUUUGGAUGUCUUUUUUUAUUUGACUAAAAAAAAAAUGAUGGAAAUGAGCAGAACAGGUCCACUUUAACAGGUGAGUGUCAUGGCGGCUGUGACGCAGUCACAUGAUGCGUCGUUAGCUGCUGAUUGCAUGUUUAAAAUUUUAUUUACAUUCAGAUACAAACAUAUAAAAAGUUCUAACAAAUUAUACAUCUGCUGCAUUUCUACACAAUUUCAGAGCACGAGGUGUCGCUGCGGCGCCCGUUGUCACGGUGAAUUCAACAAUGUAAAUUACUUCAUUAACAUAAUGCCACGUGAUUGGUUGAUAGGUUAAACAGGAUGAAAUGAAUUACAGGGUCAUUACUGGCGUA